UCUGGGACUCACAGCGAGAUGAGCCCUCCAAACAUGUGAAAGAGGAACACUUUGACUUCCUCACAUGGUCUGAUGUGAAGACAGCGGAACAACCUGGAGGAUCUUUCCAGCCCACACUGGAAGAGAUCGAAGAAUUCCUGGAGGAGAAUAUGGAGGUGGUAACGAAAAAACAGGAGAUCAGAGAAAGUUGCCCAGGGUUGGUAAUAGGACUGGAGGAGGCUCUUGGUCUAGAGGUUGGACUGGAACGGUGCAGGGAAGGCUCCCCUGAGCCUAAGCAGAACCCAGAGGACAGGUAUUCAGACGAAACUUUCCCCACUGCUGGCCUAGCCAUUGCUGUCUCCAGUGAGGCCAAAACUACAGUUAACCACACACUUGAAUCCAGCUUAGGGGUCAAGAAGACUUCAGUGAACAAAACUUCAUCAGCAGACAGUGGUACAAACAGUAGUGGGGUGCCAGUCAUUCUACGGAUUCAGCCCCUUCAGGUCAAGCAGGAGCCCACAAUAGUGCCUCAAACCCCUGUAGCCCAGCCCCCACAGCCUGCCGCAGCCUCAGACUUAAAAAUUGCACAGCUACUGGUCAACAUCCAGGGUCAGACCUUUGCCCUGGUGCCCCACAUCCUACCCUCCCCCAGCUUUAAUAUCUCCUCCAAGUUUGUACGCAUUGCACCUGUCCCCAUUGCAGCCAAGCCCCUUGGGCUUGGGGAUAGCUCAGCCAGCCAGGGAUUAGGGAUUCUUGUUGGGGGACAAAAGUUCCCGAAGAACCCUGUGGCAGAUCUUAUCAAAAUGCACAAAUGCACUUUCUCUGGCUGCACCAAGAUGUACACAAAGAGCAGCCACCUAAAGGCCCACCUGAGGAGGCACACAGGGGAGAAGCCUUUCACCUGCAACUGGCAGGACUGUGGAUGGAGGUUUUCCCGGUCUGAUGAGCUGUCCCGACACAGGCGGUCUCACUCAGGUGUGAAGCCCUACCAGUGUCCAGUGUGCGAGAAGAAGUUUGCCCGCAGUGACCACCUGUCAAAACACAUUAAAGUCCACCGUUUUCCACGAACAAGCAGGACAGUUCGCUCAACUAACUGAUGAUCCAUUCAGAUCACUGGGAUCACUUGGAAGGCUCAGGUCACUCUCGUACAAACGUCCAUGGGAGCAAGAUGUGGGCAUGAUUACUCAGUUGAAUAUGUGAGAGGAAGGACACCUUACUUUGUGUUGUACUACUUUGCAGUCGGUGAUUGUUCUAAUUUAUUGGACAAAGUACAUGGACCAUUACCACCCUGUAAUCAGCUAAAGGUUGUUGUUGCUGUUGGUGCAGUGGUAUGUUAUAAUCCUUAUUUUUGUUCUGUCCUUAUCACCUGCCUCAGCAGAAGAUGAGAAAAGCUUAUUUUCAUUCAGUUUGGAUUAAGUGAUAGUUUUGGUCAGAGGCACUCAUGUCCAUUCUGCCUGGAUCAAAACAACUGCCUUUUAUCUUUGUGAAAGCUGCCAAUGUCUUGGACAUUUGUCAUGAUUCAAGUUCUUUCAGACCCUCAUUAGCUGCUAUCAGAGUUGCAGUUACUCUUCCUGGGGUCCACAGAUGUUUCUGCUGUAAGGUUACUCUUCUAGCUUUGUCCUAGUUCUUGCUGCCUUGCACCGCAGUUCAUUGACAGUACAGUUGAAUAACAUCUUCAUUAUUCAACUUGGGGGACACAUAUGUGAACUACCGCUUGCUUAGCAAAGUAAGGGAAAUCUGACAAUAAGCUAACGAGACCCCUCUCACAGUCCUUAGUGAACCUACGGAGAUGGAGGAGGAUGACAGAGCAACACAAUAACUGCAAAAUUAAAACGCAACUAAAAGGUUAAGCACACACUGAUUGUUGAAUUGGCCUUGUGAUGAGUGUUAAAUGAUCUUUGUUCAUUGUUUUAUGAAGCUAAGUGAUGUGUACCUAUGUGCUGCUCUUCUGUUUGUCUGCUUUUCAGGCUUUACUGUACCACAAAAUCCUUGGAAUUUGGAAAGCCAGAUGCUUUGGGAAAGUCAUGCUUUUCAGUGGUGCAUAGUUUAUUGGGGUGCUGGGGUGAACAGUGACUGUUCAAAAGCUGUCAUAACAUGGAACAUAUCAGUCAGUACAUUGCCAAGGAACUGAAUGUCUCAGUCUCCUUUUAAUAAUUGAACUAUUAUUUUACUUAUGACACAGAUGACACAAAAUCUGCCUCAAUGCUGUUUUUUUCUGUUAUUGGAGACACCCUGACAGCCUUUUACCUGAGCUUGCAGUAAUGUUACUUUGGGGUGACAUUGAUGGACAGACUACAGACUGGUGCUGAACUACCAGGAGGAUGAGCCUCUGGGAGAUGUAGUCACAACAUACUUUUCCAGGCCAUGACAAACUUCCUAUUACCUGAUUGCUCUCCAACAGUGAGCCACACCCAUUGUGACUAAGUACGGGUGUGACCAUGCCGUCCAUGCGUAAUUCAUUUAUGUAAAGUCACAAGUAAAAGGGGUAGAUUGUA